CAAAAACUGUCACAUAAUCUGAGCUACGGGGUCUCUGACACGACCGGUGGAACCUUACAACACUCCCCCUUUUCUGCAACGCUUGAGGCCUGGGACACAAAGGGGGACAGUUCAUUUUAAUAGGCGCGCAAAGGUUUCCCAGGGUAACUAUAUAGAAGGUACGUGGGGAUAAAUUGGGAUCUGACGUGACCCAACCAAAGCACUCAGCAGUAAAGUAGUGAGGCGUCUGUUUUGGUAGUGGGAGGCUGGGCGCGUCGCGCAAAGGAAGUCGGUGGGAGUGGGAAAAGUCGGGGCAUGGCAAAAUUGGAUUAGUCUAGUGUUUCUCAUUAACAAGUGGUUGCGUGUCAACCAUGCAGAAGUCCUGAUUUGGAAUCAAGGUGGAGGUCUAUGACACAGGAACAGGCGCAGCAGAGCUUGUACAUGUAAUCAUAAUGUCCCAGGACUAGACAACGGAAGGCUUUUGUCUUGCCCUGGCCCACUCAUGCAGCCUGAAGGUACGGCCAUUACAAGCUUAGACAAUAUUACCGGCCUCUUGGGAAAAGGUAAGCGGUCUUUCUCGUGCAACACGCCGAACGUAGCAUAGUACGCAGCGACCAGUGUAGCCUACGGUAACGCAUUCUUUGUCAACAGACUACAAACAGUCUUUCAUCGCUGAUUAGGGAUCAAGCUAGAUCUGAUCAUUGUGACUAUAACUCAACUGCCGGCUAGAAUUUGACUUUGAAAGGACUAGGAAAUCGCUGGCAUCAUGAUUCGCGACCCGACCAUCGACGGCGGAACGAAGGUGAACUACGUGGUGCUGCCUAACCAGGACCAGGACAAAUGGACGCAAACCGACAACAUCAAUGUCUCCACCGACGAGGAGAAGACAGCGAUGAGACUGGACGACUACUCACGCGAGGUGCUGGCAUGGAAGCAGAAAUACGAGAGGCUAGAGGUGACAGUCAUGUCAAAGGACAGCGAGAUAUUCGAACUGAACAGUAGGGUGACUCUGUUCGAGGAGAUCAGGACCGACAGGGACGAACUGCGAGUAGAACUGGAGAAGAUGCGCGUGCAGCUGACGGAGGCGUACCAAUCUGAGAUCCAAGGAUUGACAGAAGAACUGGAGGGGGUGCGGCGAGACUUUGCCAUUUUGGAUGAACAAAAGUCUCAGCUGGAGGAAGAGAGAAGUAAGCUUUCAGCAGAGCUGAGUGAUACCAGGAAGGAUGUUGAGUCUCUGAGAGAAGAAAGGAAAGCGCUAGGAUCAGAAAAGGGAACGUUAGAGUCAGACGUAGUAAUACUAAACCAGAAAGUAGAUGAGAUGACUACUAAAAUAUCUGAACUAACUGAAGAAUUAGCUCAUAAUAUAGCAGAGAGUGACAAGGUGAAAGCUGACAGAAAUAACUUUGAAGCCAGAACUAACACACUUGUAGAGGAUCUCACAGUGCUUAGGUCUGAGUAUGAUAACAUGAGUCAUGCGAAAGAAAGGCUAGAGGGGGAGAGAAGUAGACUAGAAAGUGAACUAACAAGGCUUGAGUCUGACUAUGAAAAUCUGAAGUCCUCAAAUGAAAGUCUGCAAAAAGAGCUAUCAGACAUGACAGAUAAACUAACCUCGCUUGAAGGCGAAAACGCAGUACUAACCGGAGAUGUGUCACAAAACAUGGCUGAUUACGGUCGUCUCAGGACUGAACUAGCAAAUCUUCAAUCCACCCAGGCCACCAAUAGGAAGACUUGGGAGGAAGAGCUUGCCAUCAUGAAGAAGAGACUAGCGACGACGGAAGCUGAAAGAAACGAACUAACAGAAGAACUAACAAAGGUUAAUAAAGACCACGAAGGCUGCUACACCAUAAAGGUGGAAUUGGAGACAACUAUCACCGAGUUAAGGGCGGAGCUCAUAAAGUGGCAGAAACAUGCUGACGACCUCCUAGCUAUAAGACUCAAAUUAGAGGAGGACAACGAGAAGUUAGCUGCUGAUCUCACGAAGGAGAGAAAUGAGAGUAACAGUCUAAGAUCGGAAAGUUCUCAUAUGCAAGAACAGGAGACCCGCAAGAUAGCAGACCUCGAGGCCCAGCUAGAGGCACUUCGGAAGAAAAUAGCAGAUUUAGAAGGUAACCUUAAGUCAACUGAGCGCGAAAAGCAGGCAUUGAAGUCAGAGAAAGAAGUGGUAAUAGCAGAAAGAGAUAAGCUGAAGGUGGAACUUGAUGACCUUCGUGGAAAGAUGGGUGAGUUUGAAGCAAACAUACAUGUGAUGGAGGUUGAGCUAGUAUCCAUCAAGUCUGAAAGAUCGACAUUGGAGGAGACGUUGGUAUCGGAGAGGGAGACGUGGGAGGCGAGGCUGAAAACUUUGGAGAUGAAACUCUCAGCUUUGGAAAUGGAGAAACAAACAUUAACUGUCCAGCUGAAAGAGGCCAAUAUGGAGAUGACGAGUCUUAAGACCGAAAGACAAAAUCUUGAGAUGUCUCUCAAGACGGAAAAGGGUGGCCUAGAGAGUCAUGUAGAGGAGCUGCGUAUUAAGAUAGAGGUAUUGGAGGGUGAAAAGACAAAGCUGACUGAAGAUGUGGCCCAGAGCAUAGUAAACAUUGACACCUUGAGAGUAAAAGUUGUAGAGCUAGAAGAGCUAAAUGCUUCAUACAAACAGAAGUGGGAAGCAGAGGUAGCGUCUCUGAAGGUCCAGUUGUCAGACCUUGAGAUGGAAAGGAACAAACUAACAGAAGAAAUCACACUGCUUAGAACAGAGUACACAACUUAUAAGUCUGAACAAGGAACUCUUCAAUCCACCCAGGCAUCGGAGAAGGUCCAAUGGCAAGAACAGCUCGAGGAACUAAGAAAGCGGCUUGCAGAGUUAGAAGACGAAAAGGGCAAACUGCAAGAAGAGUUGACAAGGGUGAGUGGAGACUUCGACAAACUGACAAAGGAGAAUGAAGAUCUACAAGGAAGGUACGCUGAUCUAGACACUCUUCGUACCAGACUAGAAAGCGAUCUAACAAUGGUCAGAGGGAACUUUGAAAGUCUUACAAUAGAGAAAACUACACUUGAGACGGCCCACUCUUCCGGCCAGUCCGAUUUGGAUGAUCUGAGGAGGAGGCUUGCAGAGUUGGAGUCAGAGAAGAGCAAGCUGCAAGGAGAGCUUACCGAACUACAAGGCAGUUACGCAACCCUGGAGGCAGACAAAGCACACUUGGAAGGACAGUUUGCAGACCUGGAGGGAGAGAAGACGAGAUUAGAAGGAGAGCUGACAGAAACUAAGGGGGAGAUGGAGAGCUUGCAGUCUGAGAAAGAAAACCUCGUGGAAUCUCAGUCCACGGGGCAAUCCCAAAUUGACGAGCUGACGAGGCGCUUGGCUGAGCUGGAAGCUGAAAGAGACAGCCUACAAUCUGAACUCAGUACUCUACAAGGAGAGUUUCAGACGCUGAAAGAUGAGAAGUACAGUCUGGACACCAGAUUUGCUGACCUGGAAUCAGAGAGGGAUCGUCUGGAGGGUGAGCUGACGGAGGUUAAGGAAGAUUUCAGCAGUUUGAGAAGCGAGAAAGAGAGCCUGGAAACAUCAACUGCGUCAGAACAAGAUACGUUUAAAAAGGAGGUGGAUGAUCUCCACACUCAGAUCUCUAAUCUCGAGGGCGAACGAAACAAGUUCGAACAGGAACUGGCAGAUCUGAAGGAAAAGUUCGACAGCUUAUCGUUCGAGAAGGAAGAGGUGGAGUCAUCUUAUAAGACGCACAAAGAUGAGUCUGAAGCAGAGAUAGCAGACUUGAAGAGCCGAAUGUUUGACCUCGAAGGAGAGAAAGAUAGUCUUGAGGACAAUCUGAAACAAUCAAAGGAAGAUUUUGAGAACCUGCAAAUAGAAAAGGAAGACAUGGAGCAAACACUGAAAGAUGAGAUAAGCCAGCUCAAGGCUCAAAUUGAAGAACUCACGCAGAAGAUAACCGAACUGGAAGGCGAAAGAGAGCGAUUGGAAGUACAGUUAAAGGAAGUAAGGGAAGAGAAUGAAACACUUCUCAUUCAGACCGCUACGUAUGAAGACCAGUUACAUGACCAUCUUAACCAGUCCCAAGAGGCCGGUAAUGAUAUCGAAAGACUUGGUGAAGAAAAAUCGUGGCUACAGAAAGAGCUUGAAAAGCUUAGGGCAAAGAACGCCGAACUGGUCGUCGAGAACCGCGAAAUCGGUUCACGACUCAAAGUGUCAGAGAAAGAGCUCAGUAAGUCCAUCCAGGAGAAAGACGAACUUGUAGGGCAGCAGAAAAGGUUGGAGGAUGAAGUUGAGCGUCUGAAACGUCUGCUUGAUCAGCUCAAUUUGGAGAUAGAGAGAUACCUGUCUGAAAUCGAUAGACUGAAAACAGUGCAAGACGAGGGGAAGACAAAAGAUGACGAGCUGAGGGCCGCGCUACAGAAGAUUGAUGAUCUGACUGAUGAGAAUGAUCAACUACAGCGCACUUUGGACACACAAGCUGAAAAGGAGGCCAGGCUACGGCGGGAGCUGGAAGAUGAACUGGCACGUGUUAAAGAGCACCUGGAGAGAGCAAACAGAGACCGAGAAGAACUGGAAGGAAAAGUUAAGGGUCUACGCAAUGAACUUCAAGACAAGUUACAAGUCAAGAUGGCGAUGGAGGAAUACCAAGCAAAGAACAAAGAUCUCCAGGCUGAACUUGACAGGCUGAAGAAGGAUCUUGAGGAGGCAAAGCGCCGCCAGACAGAGCUGAGGCAGAAACUGCAAGUCACAACGACACAACUAGAAGGCCAGGGAGAGGCAUCAAAAGAACUGAACGACGAGAAGAUAAAAGUGCAGAACCUGAUGGCCGAAAUCGAAAGGAUGAAACGGGACCUAAAGACGGCAGACGCUCUCCGUGAAGAACAGGAAGGCAAGAUCAGAGACCUGCUGGAGGAACUUGAGGCAGCCAAGGACAAGCACAAAGAGUAUGAGAGAGAAAUCGACAGGCUAAAGGAGUUGGAGGAUGAGCUGCACACCGUUAAGAUGACUCUGGAGGAAACUCUCACCAUCCGUAGGGAACUGGAAGUGUCUCUGGAGGCAACCCAACAGGAGAUCCACAUCACCAAGAUGGAAAUCACACAGAAGGAGGAGGCUGCCAACACAUUGCGGAGGUCGAUGGCAGCUGAUAAGGACAGACUGCAGUCAGAUCUGGACAAUUUACGACAGGAGGGAGACGAGAUGAGAGACGAACUGGACAAACUGAGAAGGGAACUGGAAAACGCCAACAGGCUGCGUGAAGAGGCCGAACAAAAGCUGGCUGACGGAGCUCAGGAGCUGGACGACAUGAAGGGACAACUGGAAACGUUUGAAGGGAAUAAUGAGAGGGCUGACCAGCUCGAGUUUGAAAUAGAUCGUAUGAAGAGGGAGCUGCAUUUGAGCUUAACUUUGAAGGUCGAACUGGAGCAGAAGUCGAGCGAGCUGGAGUUGCGCAUACAGUCCCUGAUUGAGGAACUGGAUGAAAGCAGGAGGAAGGAAAAGGAAGCCAUGAAGAAGUACCAGUUAGAAUCCAACAGAUGUCUGGAGUUGGAGGAGGAGGUUGUGAGAGUGAAAAAGGAGGUUCGUAUAGAGUUGGAGUCCAGAAUCAUCCAACUAAAAGAGGAGCUUGAAAACAAACUCAGAUGCGAGAGAGAGCACCAAGAACAACUGGACAUUUCAAGACGAGAUAUUGAUCUCGAGUUGAACAAACUGAAAAUGCAACUUGCAGCUGCACAGAAAGAGAAUGACCAAAUGAACGCAACCAUUCAACAGCAGGCGACACAGAUACAAGCGGCCGAAACAACUCAGGCAUCAUCAGGCCAACAACAACAGGACCUUAUGGACGAGUUGGAACGUCUCAGACAGCAACUGAAAGAUGCGAAUGCUUCAGUCCUGAACCUGACCGGCCAGUUGGAUAGUGCGAAGGACGAAGUGGACGGAAGGAACAACGAUUUGCUACUGAAACUUCAGCAAAUGGAACAGAAAGGUGAUGACGAUGACAAGGAGAGGAAGGACCUACAGAAUGAGAUUGACCGUUUGAAAAGGGAACUGGAGGAUGGCAAAAAUAAGAACAUGGAACUUUCAUACCAGCUUGGUGCUGCAAAGGACGACCUAGAAAGAAAGACACAGGAAAUGACCACCAUGAUAACGACCAUGAAGGAAACUGUGAUAGUACAGCCGCAGGACAACUCCGAUCUCCUGUCAGCCUUGGGUGACCUGAAAAAGCAGUAUGCAGACCUGGCAAACAAGAAGGACGACGACAAGGAUGAUUGGUACAAAGAUAAGUUUGAUGAUCUCACGAAGCAACUGCAGAAGGCUAAUGACGCACUCCUGGCGGCUAAAGAAGAGAUCUUGAACCUUAACAAGCAGCUUGGAGAUUCUGAUGAUGAGAUGGAAGCUCUAAGAAAGCUGCUGAAGGAGCUUGAAGGCCAACUGGCGGACAAAGAAAAGGAGGCAGAAACUGGGGCUGAUCAAGCCGAGAAGGAUCUGGAAGAGAUGGAGACCAAGUUGAUGCAGGCGGAGGAAGAUGCAGCAGACCAGAUCAUGGAACUGGCCCUGAAGAACAUGGAGCUUCUGAACGAGAAGAUGGACGCGGACAGAGAUAACUGGAUCUACAAAGAUCUUCUGGCAGAUGAGAACGGAAAGCUGAUUUUGGAGCCGAUCUCUCCAUGGACAUUCAUGCAGACAGUUAUCCCGGAGAUGCAAAUAGAGGAGAUCACAAUCAUCUCAGAGGAGGCUGUGGAGAUGACGGAAAUCAGAGAGGUCAAGAAGGGAGAGGAAAUCAUCAAGGUCAAGGAGGGAGAGAAGGUGAUGGUCAAGGUCAUUGAAGAGGGAGGAGAGAAGGUGAAGAUAACGCAGAUUAUUGAUGCAGCUGGUGCGAUAGUACUGGAGAUCAGAGAGGAACUGCACAUGAAGACAACUGAACCGGGCUACCUUGGCUACAAGAUGAUAGAAGUGGAAGAGCGCUCAGAUGUCUUCAAGAGUACCCUGGAGAAGUUCAUCUUCUACCUGAUCAACCGCCAGGACGGACAGGCGCUGGGUGUGGUGUCAGGGGAGGGCGUCACAGAGUCUGAGAUAGCCAUCAGAUCCAAGGCUGACGGAACAUUCCCGCGAACAUCGCAGAGGAGGUUAGGGCAAAAUAUGAGCGAGGCAUUCGGAAGCCUCAACCGCGCUGGUACGGGGCAGUACGCAUGUGGUACUGUCCAGCAGGGCUCCUCAACAGCGUACUCGUCGUCCUACUCCUCAUCAUACUCUUCAUCGUCAAGUCAGACCAGCAGCCGGUACACACAGAGGAGAGUGGCGAGUUCAAGUUCGUCCGACAAGGCUACCGGAGGCCUAUCCACCCGGCAAACAUCCCAGGGGCGCGCGUCCAUGGGGAUGAACGGCGUCGAUGCGGGCCCACCAAGGGCCACCUCCACUCCUGUCAAAUACGUAGACGUGAUUCUGACGAAUAAGACAUACCCUCCCAGGAAGGAGCAGCUUUGGUCCUUCACAAAUGGCAUGAUCAUCAACCGGCUGAACAACUUGGCCUUGGACGUGCCGGGAGCGAACGCCAAGGAUGACGCCAAGGUUGUGGCGACCCAGCCCGUGCCGGGCAAGAAGAGCCAGCAAUGGGUGCUCCAUGGAGAUGGGUUCAUCCGAACAGCUCUGAACGACAGCCUUGUCCUGGACAACACUGACGGCACCCUGACCCUGAAGACCAAGAUCCCGAACGCCGCCGAGGCCAAGGUGCAGGAGUGGGACCUGGUCAUCCUUGGAGACACAGCCGAGUUCAACAGAGAACUCAAGAUCUCCGAGGAGAUGAUCAUGGAAAUGUCAAUAUCUUCCUAAGACAGAUUCACUUAUCGUCUUAAGAUUUCUAUGAUUCCAUUUGAUUUUAAUUUAAAAAAAAACAACAUUAUGAACAUCAUUGAUGAUUAAUUCACUAAUUGUGGUGCUGAUGGGACAAUAUAUUCCUCAAAGAAGAGUUAUGAACAACUGACAGUGGCUUAGUUUACAUCGAGUCAAACCAUUAGCAUAAAGUAUCUAUCAACAAAGCUUAUACUAAAUGCAUUCCAUUGGGCACACACCUAGAUCUAUUUAUUUAUUGGGAGAUGAACUGUACUUGAUACAUGUAUAACAGGGAGAGUGUUCUAACACUUAGCAGCCUACGAUAAGUGUGUUAUGUACAAGAUGUGCUCUGCUUACCUGUAGGCACGAUUAUGAUUCGCCAUAAACCAUAUUGCAAUACAUGAAGUAAUUGAUGAAAGCUUUGUGCUAUCAUUAUGAUACAUAUUCAUUCUAUUCUAUUAUGAUAUACGACGAUUGUUAAGAUUGCCUUAAUUGGUGGAAGUUAUAGCAGGUCAAAUGAGAAAAUGGCAAAAAAAAAAUAGAAAUUGAUGUUAUAUUGGCAUGGUAACAUUUGAUAGAAGCUAUGCAUCACGAACGUAUUGCUUUGUAAUAACGAAAUAUUUCGUGAUUGAUAAAUGAAUAAAUAAACUGGGAUUCUUAGUGUUCGUACACAAUUUGCUCAUUAUAUUAUGCAAGUAAUAUUAUCAUAUUUUAAGAAUCUUGUUAUGUGAAGAAGGUGAAGAAAUGUAACAAUGCAUUUACAAUGUCUAAUUUAUUGGUGGCCUUGGGACUUUUCAUACACAACGAAAUGGAAGUUUAAAAGUCAUAGUUGUUCACUGGGAGUUUUGAAAAAUUUUAAGGAUAUUUUCUAUGUACUAAGUCGGUGAUUUAAGUGAAAGUGUUACGCAUUGUAUUUUUGUCCAAACAGUUGCAUUUGUGAUCAUUUUUUAUCAUAUAACGGCCAGUUGCUUUUCAAUAUAUUUGUAUUUCGGCUGCAUUUCCUAUAUCUUGUGCGUGGCUCGACAUCUGUGAGGCUAUGUAAACUCAAGUUAUCAUUGUUUACUCGAUCUCACUAUUUUCAUUGAAUAGUUGGACAAACUGACGUAAUUUAAUAAGUGGUAAAGUGCUAUGAGGAAUCUCUGUGCUAGCAACAAAUAUAUUCAUAUAUGUUUUUUGUCACAAUUGGGCUGGGAUCAAGGUGUUGAAGGGUGGUUCUGUUGGAAAGCUUUUCGUACAUUUGAAAUAAACAACGCUAAUGGCAAUAUUA